UUUAAAUUGCUUAUAGUUCUAUUAUCUGCCGUCUGGAUUAAAAAAGCGCUACUAUCUCUUGUAGAUGAAACUACGUAAAAAUGGGACGUAUGCACGCACCAGGAAAGGGUAUAUCCCAAUCAGCAUUACCUUAUAGACGCAGUGUACCUACAUGGUUAAAACUUACACCGGAGGAUUGUAAAGAGUUAAUUUAUAAGCUUGCCAAAAAGGGACAUACUCCAUCUCAAAUUGGUGUUAUUCUUCGAGAUUCUCAUGGAGUUGCUCAAGUACGUUUUCGUACUGGAAAUAAGAUUCUCAGAAUUGUCAAAAGUAUGGGUCUUGCUCCAGAUUUGCCAGAAGAUCUUUAUUAUCUUAUAAAAAAGGCAGUUGCUAUUAGAAAACAUUUAGAAAGAAAUCGUAAAGACAAGGAUAGCAAGUUUAGAUUGAUACUUGUGGAAUCUAGAAUUCAUCGACUUGCUCGAUAUUACAAAUCAAAGGGAACUCUUCCUGCAAAUUGGAAAUAUGAGAGUUCUACUGCUAGUGCUCUUGUUGCUUAAUUAUUUUCAUGUAUGUAUUUCUUAACAAAAUAAAAAUUUAAAUAUAAAUUA